CCCAAAGUAAUAUAUCAGCCUUACUUAUGGAAGCUUGAUCUUUAGAAGCAACUUUAAGAAAGAAAAGUCUGGAGCCCAAGCAUGAUAGUUUCUGAUUAACUGUGGGUUGUGUGUUUCAUAGUCCAAAUGGGAUCUACUUUACUUUGGUCAAAGGCCAGAGUGCUGCAGAGGUUUCAGAAAGUGUUUGCUACUGAGAAUGUAGCCUGCUCUCCUGGGGACCAGAGUACACCCGAGGUUCUGAGGCUUGCUGAUGGUCUGAGCAUGCAAGAAUGAUAGAGGUACAAGAGAUUUCAGGGGUUUUCUUCUAACAGAACCUUCCUUCUUCAGUGACUUGUAGGGCUAGUGAUUUCUCAGUUCCAGAGUUAUUCUUUUAAUGAGAAACAGCACAAGCAGGGGGAGUGGCAAGCAGAGGGAGAGGGAAAAGCAGGCUCCCUGCUGAGAAAGGAACCCAGUGCAAGGCUUGAUCCCUAGGAUCCUAGGAUCAUGACCUGAGCUGAAGGCAGAUGCUUCACUGGCUAAACUACCCAGGACACAUGGCUAGCUUAAUUUCUGUGAAAAAACAACUGGUCCAGGCCCUGAAAGAAUGUAUCCUUUUGGAUGAGACCAAACUGUCUGUGAUGAAAAGAUAAAGGUAACUUUCAAAUCAUCCUGAAAACCUACGAACUCGACCUGAGAUUUAAAGAGAGAACAGCUGGAAUGCUACAGUGAGAAGAGUUUGUCUUCUAACAAGCUGGCCCGAGAAAAGAGAUGCAUUGAAUCUUGUAAUACCUGCUGAUAAGAAAGACAUGGGAAAGUUAGUGGAUGUAUACAAGGUGCUGAAGCAUCUAAAUCAAGAUGGGUCAUUAACAGUGAGCUUUGUUCUUCAGGACCCAUUCAUUGCCUCUCCAGAUCCCUGCUCUCAGUGACCCCUGCAUACCAGGAGCAGGCCUGUUGCGAGUACUGGAGCACCAUCCCUGAAAUCUACUAUAAGCUGAACAUUACCUCUACACCUGAAGACUUCAAUCUGCGGCUAGAGCUGGAGAAAGAUACCCUUCUGAAGUCUAACCUGGCUGCCUUCCGGAACAUCUCAGAGAAGUUCUUCAGUGUCUCUAAUGCAUCUUUAUCCAUCAGUAAAAAUCUGGAGAAGCUGGAGAACUUGCUGCAAACCUUGCCCAUGCCCAUGCCCACACCCCAGAAUCCCAAAGGAUGCAGACACAUACCCAUGGGACCCACCUGCCACAGAGAGCCUUGCAGUCAGGCAAGUCUAGCCUGAAAAGCAACAACAGGUUUACAACGAACUCUUUCAACUCAGAACUUUUUCAGAUUUAGCUCCUGAGUCUCAGUCUUAUCAUUCCAGGGAACUUGUCUGCAAGAAAGAGAACAAGAAGGAAAGCAGCAAGCAGAGGGAGAAGGAGAAGCAGACUCCAUAUUGAGCAGGGAGCCCAUUGUGGGACUUGAUCUCCAGACCUGGGGAUCAUGACCUGAGCAGAAGACAGAUGCUUAACUGACUGAGCCACCCAGAGUUCAUCCUCUCACUUCUGGAGAAAAUGCAAACACAGGAGAUCUUGAGGUUGCUGCGGCUGCCCGAGCUGGGUGACUUGGGCCAAUUUUUCCGCAGCCUCUCAGCCACUACCCUCGUGAGUGUGGGUGCACUGGCCGCCAUCCUCGCCUACUGGUUCACUCACCGGCCAAAGGCCUUACAACCACCAUGCAACCUCCUGAUGCAAUCAGAGGAAGUGGAGGACAGUGGUGGGGCCCGGCGAUCUGUGAUCGGGGAUGGCCCUCAAUUGCUCACCCACUACUAUGAUGAUGCCAGAACCAUGUACCAGGUGUUCCGCCGUGGGCUUAGCAUCUCAGGGAAUGGACCCUGUCUAGGCUUCAGGAAGCCCAAACAACCUUAUCAGUGGCUGUCCUACCAGGAGGUGGCCGACAGGGCUGAAUUUCUAGGGUCUGGACUUCUCCAACACAAUUGUAAACCGUGUACGGAUCAGUUUAUUGGCGUUUUUGCACAAAAUCGGCCAGAGUGGAUCAUUGCAGAGCUUGCCUGCUACACGUAUUCUAUGGUGGUGGUCCCACUCUAUGACACCCUGGGCCCUGGUGCUAUCCGCUACAUCAUCAGCACAGCUGACAUCAGCACCGUGGUGGUGGAUAAACCUCAGAAGGCUGUGCUUCUGCUAGAACAUGUGGAGAGGAAGGAGACUCCAGGGCUCAAGCUCAUCAUCAUCAUGGAACCGUUCGAGGAAGCUCUGAAAGAAAGAGGGCAGGAGUGCGGGGUGAUCAUUAAGUCCAUGCAAGCUGUGGAGGAAUGUGGCCAACAGAAUCAUCAUGCUCCUGUGCCCCCGAAGCCCAGCGACCUCUCCAUUGUGUGUUUUACAAGCGGCACAACAGGGAACCCAAAAGGUGCGAUGCUUACCCAUGGGAACGUGGUGGCUGAUUUCUCAGGCUUUCUGAAAGUGACAGAGAAAGUGAUCUUUCCGAGACAGGACGAUGUGCUCAUCUCCUUCCUGCCUCUGGCUCACAUGUUUGAGAGAGUAAUCCAGUCUGUUGUCUACUGCCAUGGGGGACGUGUCGGCUUCUUCCAGGGAGACAUCCGUCUCCUCUCAGAUGACAUGAAGGCUCUGUGCCCCACUAUCUUCCCUGUGGUCCCUCGAUUGCUGAACCGGAUGUAUGACAAGAUCUUUAGCCAGGCAGACACACGACUAAAGCGCUGGCUCCUGGAGUUUGCAGCAAAACGUAAGCAGGCUGAGGUCCGGAGUGGAAUCAUCAGGAAUGAUAGUAUAUGGGAUGAACUCUUCUUUAAUAAGAUUCAGGCCAGUCUUGGUGGAUGCGUGAGGAUGAUUGUCACCGGAGCAGCCCCUGCAUCACCGACAGUCCUGGGAUUCCUCCGGGCUGCUCUAGGAUGCCAGGUUUAUGAAGGUUAUGGCCAAACUGAGUGCACGGCUGGAUGUACCUUCACCACACCUGGGGAUUGGACCUCAGGGCAUGUAGGGGCACCUCUGCCCUGCAAUCAUAUCAAGCUCAUCGAUGUUGAGGAACUGAACUAUUGGACCUGCAAAGGAGAGGGAGAGAUAUGUGUGAGAGGACCAAAUGUGUUCAAAGGUUACUUGAAAGAUCCAGACAGGACAAAGGAAGCCCUGGACAGCGACGGCUGGCUUCACACUGGGGACAUUGGCAAGUGGCUGCCGGCAGGAACUCUUAAAAUUAUCGAUCGGAAAAAGCACAUAUUUAAACUCGCUCAGGGAGAAUAUAUUGCGCCCGAGAAGAUUGAAAACAUCUACAUACGGAGUGAGCCCGUGGCACAAGUCUAUGUCCAUGGGAACAGCCUAAAGGCCUAUUUGGUGGGUAUUGUUGUGCCUGACCCUGAGGUCAUGCCCACAUGGGCCCAGAAGAGAGGAAUUGAAGGCUCAUACACAGAGCUCUGUGCGAAUAAGGAGCUGAAAAAAGCCAUUUUGGAAGAUAUGGUGAGGUUAGGAAAAGAGAGCGGACUCCAUUCAUUUGAACAGGUUAAAGCCAUUCACAUCCACUCUGACAUGUUCUCAGUUCAGAAUGGCUUGCUGACACCAACACUAAAGGCUAAGAGACCUGAGCUGAGAGAGUACUUCAAAAAACAAAUAGAAGAGCUUUACUCAAUCUCCAUGUGAAGUUCAAGGAAAGUUCUUCUCAGUAUAAUGGACUGUGUAGCAAUAUUAUAGUUACUUUUGAAAGUAAUGAAUCAGAAUGAUGCAGCCGAAAUGAAUAAGCACGUGACCUUAUGAUUGAGCCUUUUCCUGUCCCAAGAGGUCUUUAACAAUAUUUUCUCUAUCAUCACUGAGUACACUUUAUUUUUAUUAAAAUGAUAUUGUAACAAGCUGCUAAAAAUAUCACAAAUGGCAAUGUAAAAAUCAAGACUUUUCUCAAGGACUGUGUACCACUAAAAGUAAUAUAUUCUCAAUGUUCACAGAACUCCUAUUAAACAUAAAGGAAAAAUAUAACUGAUAUAUUGUACUUAAUUAUUUGUGGAGUAGUAACCAGAUACAGCAACUAUCUAGGCAAUGUGGACUACCUCAUUCAAUAACUGUCAGAAUCACAGUUAAAUCAGACUUAAAAAAUUAAAACCAUGUGUACACAAUCAUGCUAAAACGAGACAUAAUGAAUGCACAUUCUACAUAACUUCAAAUUCCUUAUACAUGACAAUUCUUACUGGUGUAAACAAGUUUUCCCUCUUAUUUAUACUUUUAUUCAUGAAAAAUGCAAAGUCAGAUAUUCUUGAAACAAAUGUUUUAUUUACAAUAACAUUUAACAGUGAUCUUUCAAUACAUUUUUUCAUUUAUUAAGCUCAUUAAAAUAUUCAGGAACUACCCAGAAAAAAAAAAGUAUGACUUCAAGGAUACUAUGUGUAUAUCCAUGGACUUCUUACACAUGAAUUCUAAAAGAUGUCUGUCGACUGUACAAUGAAUAGACCUUUGGGGAAGACUUGGGAAAAGAAACCCAGAAGUAUUUCUCAGGAUAGGCAGCAAUUAAUGUACCUAUGUUCCUUGCUGGGUUCUUCAGGCCUUCCAUUCUCAAUAUGUCCAUGCCAGGCCUGGAAAACCCAAUAUGGCUAUAGUCCUGAACAAUGGGAAGAGGCGAUGUUAUUUCCAAAGAAAAUAGUUUUUCAACAACUUAAUUUUGAAGAACCUCUUCAAAAUACCCUUAGAAAACUUAAGUUCAUCAUAGAUAGAUAAAUAUCUCAUAGUGCAUAAUUCCAUUCAUAAAAUCUUUAAAUGCUUCUAAGCUUAACCAUGGAAACCUCCUUUCUUGCAUUAUGUAUUUCGAUAUUUCUUGCACCUGAGUGCCAACAGUUUCAUAUAACUAAAGCCCAGCAUGGACAGCAGUUAGGUUCCAAGCUAUAGACUGUGCAUCUGCAGAAGGAACUAUCCCUAGACAAGUGUUUUCUUCUAUAGAGACAGGACUCUGCAAGCAGACGUGGGAGUAGUGUUCACAGUCCAGAAGUUCCUCUCUGCUGGAGCAAAUCCAAGCUGUAAAUAAAUGCUAUUGGUUAAAAAAAAAAAAAUAAAAAGCAUUAUCACACAGGCCGAUGGUGAAUUUGAAUAAGUGAUUAUACACUUAUAUUUCAGUCUUGGCAAAAAUGGAUCACACCUUCAUUUGAUGCACUUACCCAAUUUUUAUAUAUUCCUUCGGCAUAUUCUUUCUGCAGACCUUCUACUUACACUUAUAAAUCUGACUUUGAGUAUAUGUGCUAGUCUUUGCAUAUUAACUUUUAAAGGCAGUUCUGAAAAGAACAAGUUAAAAAAAUGUCCAAGGCCAUGUCUAUACGGCACUAAUUUUUUAUGUUUAGUGUCUGACUAAUUAAAAGAGAAAAUCAUUACCUGAAUUACUCAUACUAUUUUAAAUAAGGCAAAUAGCUUCACAUCUGAAAAAAAUGAAGCUGCUUCCCAUUUUCUUUCUACUCAACCAAAAUUUCAUAAUUGUCGUUCAUUUCCAAAAGGAUUUUGGACAAUGUAACAUAAGCAAAUAAUUUAAAACUUACAUUGAUUCUAUUUAUACCUCAUUGUCUGUAGUUAGAUAUGAUUGAUUAUAGACAGCUUAAGCAUUUCUUCUUUUUCUCACUUUAAAGAUCUUCAUGUGUCUUCUGGCCUUCUUGAUCUGUGUGAAAAGCAUCACACUUAGGCCAAUAAAUAGGUUACAGCAGAUGUGCUGAAAAAAGUAGACAGUGGGCGCUAAAUAUACUGCAGGUACAUUUAUCUAUUCCUCUGUUUAACUUUGCUGAAUUUUUUAAUAAAGGAGAAAUAAAACAAUAUAUGUUAAUGGAAAAAUCCUUUUUGCUUCAGAUUUCUCAACUUCAUUUUGGGGGGAAAUUUUUGUAUUUCUCUUCAAUGAAUAUGGGAAAAGGUUAUGUCCUUAACAUGUUCACAUAUACAGUAGACAUCAGAUUGGAUAUAAAUCUAGAGGUAUAACAGAGAUCAAUUAUAGAAAACAUGUUCUUUGGCCUUUUAUCUGUUUUUCAUUCAAAUGUAAAUUGAUAAUAUAAUUAGUAAGAUAAAUUAGGAAUUUUCACAUUUUACAAACUAAUCCUGUGUAUUUUUUAAAAUAGAAUAUAUGCCAAUUUUUUUCCUUUUCCAUAAAAGACAUCUUUAUAUUGUGAUUCCCCUCCAGUGAGAGAAAAUGAGGUAUGGUGUGGAGGUCUAGUUCCACAUUUUAGGAACUCACAAACUCACAAGUCCGAGGAAUAAACAUACCAUGUCUCCCUCAUAUAUGCUAGUCAAACUUUCAUUCUAAAUUUAAGUAAAACUGGAUGCAUGAGGAAAAAUAGAACUUCCCAUUGCAAUUUUUAUAGUCAGGUAAUGUUUCAGCAACUUGAAGGUAGCUCUUAAUUUGGUUGUAUUACCCAUCAAUGAACUGAUCAUCUUUUAUUUUUUCUGCAGUAAGGAAAAUGAAUUAUUCUUUAUUUUCCAAAUGUAUAAAGCACAAAGGUGAUAUAGUUAUUUAGAAUACAAAAUACUAUGAAAUGAAUGUAAACAAUGGAAAAAUUAUUUUUUGCAUGAAAACAGAUUGCUUACAAACUUGCUUAAUAUCUCAGGAAAAAAAAGAAUGAAUAACCAUAUAUAAGAUUGAUAUAUUGAUAAAUUGAUAAAUUAUAUGUUGAACUAAGUUGCUAUAUUUUCUUGCCUGUUUUUAUUUUAAGGAAGCAUAAACAUGAAAAGGAAAACAAUCCUGAUAGUCUGAAUUUUUUAAGUAUGCGCACAGUCCUUUCUGUGAUUCUACAAUUAACUGCAGGAAGAAUGGGAUUAACAUUCAAGCGAGGACAAAGCCCUAAAUGAGAAACUCUUGAUUUAGAACAAUGAAUGGUUAUAACCUAGAGGCAAUAGAUAAAUACCUGGAAUAUAAGCAUUUCUAAACCUUGUCCCAAACUGAAAAGGUUUUGAUGAGGUUGACAGUGGCUUCUAGACAUUCAUUUGACUAAUUUUCCUUAUUAAGUCAUUGCAACAAUUGCAUGGGGUGGGGGUUGGAGAAGGAAAUUGAUAUUUUUUGAAGAAUUGCUUAUCCUACUUUCAAUUUCUAAAAACUGAGGAGAUUAAAAUAUUACCUUUUAAAUACGCAUUAAAGUAUCUUAACUGUAAUUAUAUUUUUAGUUGCU